GAACGAGGCUCUCCGGCGGACCGUCGCCGAACGUACCCAUGGCCCCGCCACGCACGAGCCUGGCCCUCGUUCUGCGCCUCCUACAGGCACCAUUUUCAUUAGCACUCGACCUGUGUGUGAGAUGCUACGUUGUUCUGAUAUUGUUAAUCCCAGGCUGUUAAAUAUCCCGAUCUGGUGGUGACGUGUGUUGAGGAAAUCAGAAUCAGGUGUGCGAUCAACUGGUCUGUUGCCUGCGGACUCGUUGCCCGGUAUUUGGGUCAAGGACUUGUAUUUACCCCCUCCCCACACCUCCGAGUACCAACCCCACUCCCUCCCCGCCUCCCUCACCAGUGGUCCUGGUGAUGGAAGUCAAUAGUCACUGCUCGGAGCGAGGUAGAGCAAGCAGUGGUGCGCUGUGACGGUAAGAGACUGACGCACUCACACACCUGGGGCACCCAAUCCAUGUGAGAAACUCUUAACAUUCACUGAAAGCCGAGUAAUGGCGCCAGAGGCCAAGUGAAAAUGACAAUCACUGACGUAAUAUAAGACCAUUGUCUAUCCCCCCCCCCAUCCAUCUAUCCCCCAGGCUAGGUAAACUAUGUUGAUGUUAAAUUGAAUCCACAUUGAUGAUGUUAAUCCUCUGUUGAACAUACGCGAGCAUGUUUGGGCCCGUAGAGGUCGCUGAAAAUCAUCUUGUACGUGUUUUUAACCGGACAUACUACAGGACUCAGGAUUCGGUUAAUGUGUGCGUUAUCCGGACAAGGCGUUCAUAAUGUGGACAAAUCACGGGCCUGUCCACUGACGUGUCACGCGACAGAGUACACGGACAUGGACAAGAUAUUCACUACGAGGAAAUCUUCCUUCUAGCAGUCUACAACACAUGGGAAUUCCACCCUCGUGCCCCGAUCUGUGAUGGUAACUUACUAAAGUGCUCCGUGGGCAUACGUAGUCCUCGAGGUAGCAUCCCUCAGCAUUUGUCAAUGUUAUCUUUAUUUUAAAUCUCGUCAAAUUUUUCUAAGAUCCAGAUAUGAAAAUUGUGACGUGUUCUCGUGUUCCACCGAAGACAAUUACCUGUGUGACAACUUCCCAAGUGGAACACAAUGACCAGUUGAGUGAGGACAGCAAUGGAUCACAACUUCUCUCCUGAGGAUGUGCUGAGUCGUAUCACGCGUAGGCUCUUUCUGAGAUAGAUGAUAAUGAGUAAGGUCAGGCCCUCAAGGAGUCCCCAGCCUUCUCCAGGGACCAGUCAACUGGUUGUACUGGCUCCUAAGAAGACUCCUAGACUCUCUAUGGCGGCUUCUUCUGGGGGUGCAACGACCGCCAGUGAAGACACGAUGCUGAAGCCUGCAGGUAACUUUGGCUCUGAUGGCGGCUAUGGCGCCAUAAAUCCUCAGUCUCCGUUUACUGGCAGAGCAGCGAUGCCCCUUGGUCUGCCGGAGCCUCUCAAGCCCAUCGUACCCACCAGCUACUCCAUGCCCACCCUGGCCACCACCAUCACCAGCCUCAUGUCCCCGCAGCAGACACACACAGACGUCUUUUACAACGCCGUUUCUUUCGGCGGUGAUGCCUGUCCGCUGAGCCCCAACUUGUCACCGCCACCAAACACGCCAUUGUCUCCUCUCUCCAUACCUUCCAGUCCCAAGCAUCCUGCGACCAGGACAAGCCCAAAAAUCCCGUGCUAUAACCUUCAGAGUCCUUCCAUCAUCACGCCUCCAAACACCCCUAUGUCUCCUGUCUCCAGCAUAGCUAGCCCUCAGCCCGAGCGGGACAAGUAUUUCAUGGAACCAAUGCAGUUCCCAGAUAGUUCGGCGGUAUCUGACCACGGACCAUUAUACAACAUCCUCAGCCCAGACCUUGUGGACCUGACUAAUCUUCGGCCUUUUCCAAAAGCUAAUCCGAAGUUCCCGAGCGACCCGACACAUGGAACGAGGGAUUCGAGUUCGUAUUCUGCCUAUCCUAGUCACUAUUUCGCCGACCACAACGGAAACGCUGAAGAGGUGAUAAAAGAUCUGGUAAAUCUAGGAAACGGUAUGUACGACGGAGGCAACGAAGAAAGGCUCAAGUACAAGAAGAUACAAGAGCCUCCUUCCAAAUCCAGGGCUUGGGACAGUCUGGAGGAAAAGGAAACGCUGGUCGAAGCCUGCUGGAACCACAAUCUUUCCAGUUUUCCUGAUGGCCGAAGCGACAGUACCGCCAAGAACUCUGAAUGUAAGCCUAGCAAAACCCACAAGUCACUGGUCGAGACCAGUAGUCGAAAAAAGAAGAAACACAAAAAUCGCCGGACAGCUCCAAAUCUGAACGAAUGUAAUCUGGGGGCCGUGGAGGACGACGUCGACCACAGCCAACACAAACGACGAUCUCGCUUCCGCAAACUGAAGAUCCCAAUGAUUGACGACGAUGAUAGCCAGGACUGUCGGAAGCCCGACUCAGACGUCACCACUUCGACUAGCGACUCAUCGUCCUCUUCCAUCGACAUCUUGGGUCCCGGAGCUGUCCAAUUGGCCGAGCAGCUGUGUGACGAAGUGCAGGAGGGGAUUAACUAUCUGACGGAGCCGGAGGACACGCUGGAGUUCGGCUGGAUCGAUGCGCUGACGGGGGUCAUCUCCAUCGUCGCUUUCUACUUCGACCUGGUCUCUGACGCCCUGGUCGCCUACUACAUGCGCGACGACCCCGCCGCCAAGAACUGGUUCCUCGCCACGCUCCUCCUCAUCAUAUUGCCGAUGGUGGUGGCCAACGGGUUCAGUCUGUACUGGUACUGGUUCGACGAGCGGUCGUGUGAGCCCCGGUACUGCCCGCGGCAUCCACGGGUCCCCAACUACGUGUGGGUCUUCCGUGUGGCCGCCCACCUGCUGCUCCAGGCGCCCGCCCUCAGGCAGGCGGACAUCAUCUACUACGGGACGAAAAGCACGGCGGAGACGGCGCUGCAGGAGGCGCUGGUGGACGAGGUGAUGGAGGCCGCCCUCGUCUCCUCGCCGCAGGACCUAGGCAGCGACGCCCUCAAGGACGCCCGCAGCUUGGGUUCCUCCUCCAAGGGCCUUAGUCGCAGCUCCACCGCCGCUAGCAAGCGACCCGUAUCAGCGUGUUCGGUGAGGACCGGAGGGAUGUGCUCCCCGGGCGGCUACGUCGCCCUGUGGAUCCACGCCGAGAGAGACGCCGCCAACGUGGAGCUGCUGCUGGCGCUGGUGCAGGACGCCCCCCUCCUUAUUCUCCACCUCUACGUCGUGGCCCACACUCUACCCAGCCAGGCACUCCAGGGGCACAUCAGCGACACGCUGGUGAUGCAGCUGCUGUCGGUAACAAUGUCUCUGCUGACGCUGGCGUGGUCGGUGGCGUCGUUCGUGCGAGCCAGCCGCCUGACGGAGCCCUCACUGGGGAACCUCAGCAUCCUGGACCUCCUGCUCCUCACCCUCUCCCACUUCUGCUCCAUCGCCCGUCAGGUGAUGAGUUUCUCGCUGUUUGCUUCCAAGCUGGUGGUGGCAUUCUUCAUCACUGUCACCGUCCACUGGCUCGUCAUGUCCUCAUGGAUACUCAUACAGCUGCUGUGCUUCCCGCGGACCACCUGCACCAGGGCCUUCUUCUCCCACGACCGGCAGCGGGGCCUCUGUCACUGGCUCGAUGACGUCUUCUACAGCGCCGUGAUGGGUCUUGUCUUCCUCUUCACCUUCAUCGACGUGGGCGGCAUCGCAGCCAGGACCCAGAACCUCCUGUAUCACGUCAUGACCCUCGUGGAGGAGAUGAUCCUGCUGGCUAUAUGGUUGGUGUGGGUGAGCGGGUGGUCCUGGUAUCACUGGGCUCCUCUGGUCCUCUCGCCUGUCCUCUUCUGCCUCAGCCUCAUCUUUGAUGCCCUUUUCAUCGCCCAUGCCAAGCCCAACCAGUGCCUCCUCCUCAACUCCUCACCCAGGGCGGUGUGACCUCAGAAGCCACCCAGAACCUGUCCACAGUCCCUACCAUCCAGCAGUUAGUUGGUCCUACCCCUCUACACCUCCUGCUUACCUCCUCGCCCAGUGCUGAGUGAUCCAACGUCAAAGAUUCCUACAGCCCUUCCGGAAUUGUUAUCACCCUAACGUCCUCUGCCACUCAAACGCCCGUCCACAGGCUGGGCUGGCCUUACUGUCAUCGUCAGUGCCGGAUCUCUGGGCCACGCUGUCUACAUUUAUACUGUAAUGCUCCGUCCAUUGUUCGCUAUGUUCACUGUCCAGUCCGUCCAAUGGUUCACGUAUUGAUGCAACCUUUUGUCCCUCCCUCUUUCUUUAAUGUGCUUCCAUCUUUUUGCAUUCCUCCACUCCCUCUCUCCCAUACCGGUUCUCAUUAACUCACAGCCAAAACAACCCAACCUUCACUAGUUAAAUAAUCCUCCUGCCUACACUGUACCUCAGGCUACCCCCUCCUCUCAGCAUGCAUUCCUCAACACGUUUUAUUUGUUGAUAUGAUUACCUGUGCACCAGUUCCUGCCGAUGACACCCCCGAGGGUAUCCCAUACUACCCCUAAUUCCGUCCCCAGCUCAUCCACUGCCCGCCUUCCAUGCUGUAUCGAGGAAAUUAUGUAUUUUCGUGGGGGAAUAAUGGUAAUAAUGAUGGUCUUAUUUACGUUUACUAAGAAACCAUACAGGUCUAGCAUCUAUACCUGUAAGUAUUGAUCUUCAUAAAUUAUUAUGUGCAUGAUGAUGUGGCCUUGUAUGAUAACUAUACUGAGGCUUUAGAUUUUGGAACAAUAUAGACUUAUAUUCACAAUUACUAACUGUUCCAGCACUUAGACAACUGGGCUUAAAAAUUUGAUAAGUGCUAUUAUUUAAAUUAAGAUGAUCAAUAGAAAGCUAGAUUUGAUAAUACAGUUAAAACGAAAUGCCAUCCCAACCACUUGGACGGCUCGGUAGAGCGACGGUCUGGCUUCUUGCAGGUUAGCGUUCAAUUCCCGACUGUUCAAGUGGAUGAGCACCAUUUAGGCGGGGCCUAUGAGCCAAUCAGGCUUCGAGUCCCGCACUUGAUUGAAGAAGAAUAAGAAAACGAAACGCCAUAAUGAGUAAUAAUUAAAGCCUUAGUGUCAUUAUAUUGGUCUUACCGAGGCUGAUCAGACACAUUAAAUAUUUAUGUAAUUUUUCAACUUUAGUGAAAUAGUUUCACGGAAGACGAUGACACAGAAUGUGUGUGGAUAAAAAUGUUUGAAAUUGAAGUUUAUCUUUAUGAUGGUCUAUAACGAGGUGAUUUUUCCCGCCUGUAAAUAACAAAUCUACUUAAGUUAGGUGUUGGUCUUAAGGCCUAUUACCUUCCGGAGACCACCCCAAUAGCUUCCUGACCAACCAGCAAGUAUAAACAAACAAACAUUAGUGUGAUAAACAAACAUAAAAAGAUUAGUGUGAUCUAUGUGUGUAAUGUCAGCAAGUAUAAUUUAAAAAUCAAAUCAAAUCAAAUGUUUAUUCAGGUAAAGUACAUACAUACAAGGUGAGAUACAAACAUUGAUGGAUUUAUAGAUAGAGCUAGUACAUACAAUGCCUAAAGCCACUAUUACGCAAAGCGUUGCGGGCAGGAAAUCCUUUUUAUAAACAUCCCUUGCCACACUUUUUUAUCAGUUGUCUUUAAUACAUUAACAUGGCAGGAUCACAGUUAUAAGAGGAUGGAGGAAAGAAUCCGAUCUCGCUAGGUUUUUUAAAGUAGAUGUAUACUGAUGGAAGUGCAUAGGAGAGUUUUGCACAAUUUCUCUAUACGUACAUACACUCCUAGCGCUAGGAUAGACUAUUAGUUAUAUUUUUUACACUUCUGGUAGUGGGAUAGGGAGUAGAAGACACGAGCCGAGUCAUGAUGUUUGAAAAUACAUGAUGAUCAAGAAUGUCGAAACAUAUCUAGCGAAUAUUGAUGACACGGAAAUAUUGUGAUCAAUUACACUCUGAAGUAAUACAGCAACAUGGUAAACUACAUAUGCUGAAUAUAAUCUCUCCAGCUACUAUGUUGUGCAGCAUUUUAUAAGUAGAUUCACCGUACAGUUUCAAGUCUGCUUAUAGUCUCUUAGUUGGUUAUUAAGGAAAGCAAUUUUGUUGUUGUUGGUGAUAAUAAUGGUGAGUAGAUGUAAUGAAUAUGGUUGUGAUAAAGGAUAUCAUCAGUGGCACUGCCCAAUAAACUCGCCCCUCGGGGCAAAAUUUAAAAAUUUAGGAUAUCAUCGGACAAAAAUAUAUAUAAUAGGUUCUAUGUUUUUGUAAUUAGCGGUUAUCGAAGUUAUCAAUAGUGCUAUUUUUUCUUAAUUACCGAAUGUUUAUGGGUAUUUAGUGUGAUACGUUUGUGUUUAUGGUAAUUUUCUCGUCUAAUUUUAUAUGAUAUAUAAUUGUUUCUAAAAAAUAUAUAUAUAUAUAUUGAUUUGGGUAUAAUUAGAUUAAAGAUGUUUAAUAACAAACAAUUUAUAAAAACUUAGCCAAACUUGCACCGACUAAAUUAAAUGUAAUAUUACUUACGAUGGUUCUCAUCUUUUCAAACAUGAAUUAAAUAAAUCUCUUAUAACCUAGCCCAAUUUCUCCUAAGCUAAAUAAAUCCUACACACCUA